GCGCGAGAGCGACCGAGCCAAUAGUGAAUGUUUACCACUUACACUGUGGAAUCUAUCAGGAGCCGAAACUUUAGUCAGGUUUUGCUGUAUUCAUUUCACCCGAAAAGCUAUUUCAAACGGCAACCGCUCAAUAUUAUCUCUAUAAAGGACAUAUCAGCGGCUGGAUCGACUGAAUGAAACCAUGAGGAAUAAAAAAUACGGCGGUUGUCGCGCUCUAAACUAACGUGGCUAUCGAUCCAGCAGAGCCAAGAUUUUGAAAACGCCGAGCCAGGUACUUCGGCGCAGACUUUCAACGGUCGGUUUUUCCUGCGGGUUUACCUGUGCUUACGUGGCACUUUUUUGACCUGGAUACUUAUUUUUAAAAAUCCAAUUUUUAGGCUUUUUAUCCACUUUUGUCGUGGCGAUGCGACGUAUUUUUAGAGGUUUAGUAAGUUGCGUGGCCGGGACUAGUUUACUUGCGCCAGUCAGCCAAUCAGCGGAAUAACACUCACUAUUUUUGCUUUAAUUUAUCCACUUUUGCCUUAUUCACACGGUAGCCUUCAAAAACAGCAUCGUACUGCACCCUUCAGAUACUGACAGCGGGUUUCGAGGCGAGCUUUCAUAAGCAGCACUGCGCGUGUGGUAAAAUGGAUGCGGGAAUGGAAAAGGAGUGCAGCGCUUUGGGAGGGCUCUUCCAAAUCAUCAUGAACGAUAUGAAGGCGAGUUAUCCUGCCUGGGAGGACUUUGUCACCAAAGGGGCUAAGCUGCAAUCUCAGCUAAGGACAACAAUCAUGGUCACUAGCUCAUUCCUGGAUGCUUUCCAGAAAGUGGCUGACAUUGCAACUGGAACACGAGGAGCGACGAAAGAGAUUGGAUCGGCUUUGACCAGGAUGUGUAUGAGACACAGAAGCAUUGAGAAUAAGCUCAAACUGUUCACCACGGCUCUCAUGGAUAACUUGAUCACUCCUCUGGAACUGAAAAUUGAAGAGUGGAAAAAGGUUGGCAGUCAGCUGGAUAAAGACCAUGCCAAAGAAUAUAAGAAAGCACGAGCAGAGAUCAAGAAGAAAUCUUCAGAUACGAUUAAACUGCAGAAGAAGGUUAAAAAAGGUAAAGACGAGGUGCGGAUGCAGCUGGACAGCGCUCUUCAGGAUGUCAACACACGCUACGCAGUUCUAGAAGAGACUGAGAAGAGAGCCGUGUGUCGAGCACUUGUCGAGGAAAGAGGAAGAUUCUGCUCAUUCGUCACAAUGCUCAAACCUGUCCUGGAUGAAGAGAUAAGCAUGCUUGGUGAAGUCACCCACUUACAGACAAUUCUAGAAGAUCUUGGCAACCUGACGGCUGAUCCCAACACACUGCCUCCUGCUAGCGAACAGGUUAUUCUUGACCUGAAAGGCUCCGAUUACAGUUACUCCUAUCAGACUCCACCCGCGUCUCCUAGCAACACGCUAUCACGCAAGAGCAGCAUCAGCAGUAACUACACCUCUGUGCGUCAUGUCCCAUCUCUGGACUCCAUCUCCAGUGCAGUAGAUGGGCUUCAUCUGAGAGCACCAGAAGUAACACAGCGCUCACGCAGUCCUCUCCUCCUGGUCGGAGGGGAGGAAGGUGCUCGAUCUCUCAGUGAGGGGAAUUCUCCCACAAUCCCUCGCACGGGCCACCGUGGCCAACACCUGCGGCACAGGAGCACUGAGAAAGGCACCGAGAACGGGACCUCCAUGCCCCCACUGCUUAAAGCUUACAGCGGGCAUGAGGAGAGAGCCAGGACACUGUCCAUCUCGGACAAGGCACAGUCAGCCAGGGAGCAGCUGGCUCUUACUCUUGGAGGCGGGUUUAAUUCAGAAGCUCCUCGGACCAGCCGAGAUUCCCUCCACUGCUCCAGCGGAUACAGCACCCAGACGACCACACCGUCGUGCUCCGAAGACACCAUUCCCUCGCAGCACGACUAUGACUACAUCUCGCUGCAUGGAGGAGAGGACGCCCACAGCCAGUCUGAAUUUGAUAGAUCUUCCACCAUUCCUCGCAACAGCGACUUGAGUCUCAAUUACCGCAAGAUGUUUCAAAGUAAGAGGCCGGCUUCUACUGUUAGCCUGUUGAUGGAUCCAGAGCCUAUAGGACCCCACACAGCCACCAUCCGCCGUAAACCCUCCAGCAAGCCCAACAUCCGCCGUGGGACCAUCAGUGGAGGAGUGCCUAUCCCCAUCUCCACACCACAGGUGCCGAUGAAGGCGUCCGUUUCCACCGCCGGCCUAAGCGGCAGUGAGGAGACCAUGUGCCCUCCAGGGGUGACGCAGGGUAACAGGUUACCUGGUUCUGAUCUGGCUCACACCAGACAUAACCUCUGUACGUCCACUCAGAGUCUGAGUGCAAUGCCGCCUCCAUACUAUUCCAUGUUUCCUGGACAGCCACCAGUGGGUGGCACAGAGCCGCUGUAUCAAAUGAGCAAGCAACAGCAGUAUGCACUGCACCAACAGCAGCAGAGGCAAUAUCAUCAUCAUCAAAAACAACAACAGCUGCAACAACAAUAUAAUCAACAGCAAUAUAAUCACCAACAGCAGUAUAACCAACCGCAGGAGCCGCAAUAUCAACAGAUAAAUCAAAAAGAGCUCCAGCAGAAACUCGAACGGCAGCAACAUCAAAAUCAGAAGCAGAUUCAAAACAUGGCAGCUCACAGUUCCAGCUUGCCCCCUGAAAGCGGGAAGAUCAAUUCUGCUCAGCCUGGUGUGGAUCAUGUCGACGGCGUUCCUGAUCCAGGCAGCGGAGGUGACAUGUUGAGUAUGAUCCGAAGAGGAGUCAAACUACGUCGGACACUAACCAAUGACCGUUCGGCUCCUUUAAUCACCCCCAGCCAUCUCAACUGAUUUCAUUUUUCUUUGAAUUCAUCUGUGACUUUUUUACGGUUGCCUUUGGCUCCUUUUCGUUUAACGACUUUUUCAUGCCUUUUUUUGUUGAGGUUUGCGUUUCUUUUUUUUGUUGUUUUUAAGUUGAGGCAAAACUGUUGACUAAUGUGCGACUCCUGCCACAUGAAAAGAAGUUCAAUUUAACUACACUGUGCGCGAAAAGUAACUGUUUAGCAGUGUCUAUGCGAAGGUUGCGAAUUAAUUCUGCAGGCUGUGUGCUUUAUAAAUAUAUGUAAACCUAUAUAUACAGAUAUAUAUGUCUUUAGAGAUCUAGAUUGAGCAUCGGAGUUUAAGAUAUAUUCAAAUUAUUUGUUUAUGUCGUAUUCGCAAGGAUAAAGCACUCAGCCUUCUGGUUAGAGAUCAAAAACUUCUGUAUAUAUUAGCGAAACAAUUGAAAGACUGUUGUAUUAUUAUUAAUUUAGUUUUCUUGUCUGUUUUCAAAAUUAGAUAAAGCAGCACUAGGCAUCUAUUUUUGUACAGUUUAGGGUAACAGAAAACUGCCCCACUGCCUUUAAUCCACCCAAUGACUGGAAGCGAAUGCAGCCAAUGAGAGGAAUGGAGGAAGGGAAGGAACAAUGUGAUUGGGUGGAUGAAUGAAGGACUGGAAUAGUGGAUCAUAUUUGUGUUGCUUAUGACUGUGAGAGCUUACAAAGGCAUCACUGUGGUUAUUUAUUCAACCUGUUUGAUUCUGAAUCAUUUUUAAUCAUUUGGUUACCAAAGCUUUGAUGCUGUAGCCCUGUAGAUGCAUAUAAAUCUGCUCUCCUGGAGGAUUUAUAAAGACUUGAUUCAUAUAAUUACUUUUUGCCCAUGAAUUUGAGCUUUUUUUAUGUUUUUGAAUUACAAAACUUCCUUUAACUCAGUUAUUAUUACCAGAAAAGAAAGUAAAUGGUUGCAUUAGGUUUAUAGAUUGAAUGUGUUGCAAGUUGCCUUCUUUGUUUGAAAUCGAAGUGUCCCAUCCUUCCACCAAUUUAAGUGAAGCUUAUUCAAUGGAAAAUAGGGUAUACUUGUCUUUUCACUUUGAAAGACUUAACUCAAGACUCAUAUCUUAAGAAUCUUUUAAUGCAUCUUAAUUAAAACAAAAACCGUGACGCGAUAUGGUUAAGUACGACUAUCAAAUUGCAAUAGCUUUGCUUUAAUUGAACAAAUAUAGAUGCGGUAUGUUUUAGCGUGAAGCGCAGAACUGUGUUCUUUUACACGCGAGCAACUCCUGAUCCGUUGUUUUCAGUAUAUCAAAAUCUGCUCAUCUGCUCCACCUGAACUCGUAUGUUUGGGACGCUUAUAACGUGUAUUUGGAAGCACUACAUGCACCAGCCAUCUUUCCAAACUUCAUUAGAAGCGCUUAUAAAAUGUUGACUAUGUUGUCAACCAACGAAAAGCUUUAAGACAAGAGACGUUUUCCAUCAAAAAUAAAAUUAAUUAUUUGUUAGUUGUACUGUAAAAAAUAAUUUUUUCUUACUUUUUUUUAUUUUACAGUGAAAUAUUACAAUAGUUCUAUUUUAAUUUAGUAGUAAUGAUCAUAAUAAAAAAUAUUUUAUUUUGCAGUACAAUUAUUGUUAUUAUUACUUUAUGGUCAUAUUGAUGUAAUCACUACAUCUUUGACCAAAUCUAGACCUCUUUUGAAUCAGAUUUUAACUUGUAAUGGCGAGCUGAGAAUUAAAGUGGUUGUGUUUUUGUUUUCUUGAAUGAAAGCCAAUGCUGGACGUUUGCUUUCAUGUUGAAGUGCAUCGCCAAUGUCUUUAACAUAUUUAAUAACAGGUGUAAUUACAUCAUUUUAGCACCUCUAGAUUUAAUUAGGACCGUAUUCAUCUCAGUAUGAUUCUGAAUGUAAUGAACCUGAUAUCCAGAAGCACUUCUGCGGUCUGAUGGGAUUUUUCGCGGGCAUCUGUGCUCUCUUUGAUGUCUUAUAAUUUAUCAUAGCUGUCACACACGUGCUGGCAGGUGCGCUUUGAACUUUCACUCCUGCUUCAAAAGUUGUUUCUUCAUAUCUUACCGCAUUCUUUUUCCCCCCCGUUUUUUUUUUUUCUAUUUUUCAGGUUAUUCUCAAUCUAGGGUUACUUCACACCUGUCUGAGCCGUGUCUAGGAUUUCUCGCUCAGUUGUUUUGUCUCUCUGCAGUGAUUUAGACAUGGCCAGAUACAAUGCUCCUCAGGCCUUUUACUGUAGGAUUAGCUUGCAGCUGCUGUACAGCGCUCCUGGAGUGUAAAAGAAUAUAGUUUUACUCUGAAAGGUGAGCUGACCGAGGUGUUUCUCUAAUAAUCUGCAUUGCUAUUAGUGCUGCUCAGGGCAGUGAUGACUGGGGCGUUUAAUCGGUGUUGAAGUUUUCUUUGCUGAGAUAUAGCGAUGGCUGGAUCAUAAUGAGUGCUGCCUGCUGUAGUCAUUUAUCUUCCAGCUUGAGGCAAAAUGAUAAACUUGCUAGAUUGAAAGGUGGAAUGAAAUGAAUUGACCCAAAAGAGUGUUUUUAGACUUUUUUUUUGUUGUUGUUUGUUUUGUUUUUUGUUAACAUUCUCGCUUUUUGAUUCCUUAAUCAUCUGAUGCAUUCUGUAUGCUAGACCAUUUCAUGAUCAAACAUCAAUGGAAAGGGAUGAAUGUCAAAUUGAAGUGAAGAAACCAUAAUUAUUGUGAACCAGUCUCUUCUCCAUUGACAUUUUGAAAUCUGUUUUAGGACUUUAGUAGUCAUUAAAGCAAAAAGCCACUAGAAAGCUCUGUUGUAAAUGUGGGUGGUUUACCAGGGUGUUGCUAUGUGUUGUUUUUGAUUGGUUUUUAUCAUUUUUGCUAUGCAAUUGUUAUUGUAUGGUAAGUAAAAUUGUAUACUAAUUGUAUACGGCUUAAAAGUUUGGGUAAGCAAAAUUUUAUAAAGAAAUAACACUUUUAUUCAUUAAGGAUGCAUUUAAUUGAUCAAUAGUUCCAUUAAAGACAUUUAUUAUGUUGCAUAUAUUUCUGUUUCAAAUAAAUGUUGUUCUUUUUACUUUCUAUUUAUCAGAUAAUCCUGUGAAAACUAUCGGUUUCAACAGAAAUAUUAAACUGCACAACUGUUUUCAACAUUAAAAUGUUUCUUUAAUUA